UCUGAUAGACAUUAAAAACGGGUCAGUUCAGGGCACACGUAAUGCAGCUCACAACACCUAGGUUUCCUGUUGUCAUCAAGAUAGGGCAUGCACAUGCAGGAAUGGGCAAGGUUAAGGUAGACAAUCAUCAAGACUUCCAAGACAUUGGCAGCAUCAUCGCCAUCACCAACUGUUAUGCUACAACAGAAUCAUUCCUCGACGCUCAGUAUGACAUUAGAGUGCAGAAAAUUGGCAAUACUUACAAAGCUUUCAAGAGGAUUUCAAUUUCUGGGAACUGGAAGGCAAACACAGGUUCUGCUGUAGUAGAAGAGAUUCCAAUGAAUGAUAGGUAAGAUCCUAGUUCCAUCAAAAACAUAUUAAUGAGGAUAUGAAUUUUAAUUUUCAUCAAUUCAAUGUUAAAUAUACUGCUUGGUACAGGAUCAAACAUUUUUUUAAGUAUGUAACAAAGAAAUAGAUUUCUUAAUGAACAACUUUUUAGUUUAUGCAGGGCUUAUUCCCCUUUUAUAUGAGAUGUCCCAUAUCAUAAUUGGGGUCAUCCCAUGUAAAGGGGGCUAGAUUAGCUUGAAUUUGCAAGGAUUAACUGUUACUAUGUCAGAGGAUCUUUAUUGCACAAUUGUGGGUUUGGUUGUUAAAAAAACUAAGUAGUGGUGUAUUGAUGGGAUAUCUAUUCCCAUAAUCUUAAUUGUAGAUCUCUAUUUUUUUUUGACGUGACUUGAUAUCUAGGGAGAUUCUCUUAGUCCCAGGGGUAAUGUUAUGAGGCAUAAACUAGGACAGGUGCUUUGUAAAUAGAGGUCAAGUAUGACUCACAGACAGACACUGGACAAGGGGCAUGGUAAUGGAGGAGGGGGUAGGUGAAAUUGACCUUCACAGAGAGGCCCUACUUUGUAUCUGAUUUCUAUUGAGAUUUAUUUUUACUCACUCAUAAUAAGUGCAGUCUGGGUAGCUAAGUCGACAUAUGUCAAUAAUUAUUCGCCACUUUUCUUUUUUCCAUUAACUGUUCUUUUGGAUGUAUGUAACAAAACAAUAGUUGAUUAUGAUUUAUUGCCAAACAAAACAAUGUAAAUUGGAUUUUUAGCUUCAUCAUAUAGGAUCUUAACUGCAACUACCCUUUUACAUUACCAUCAUGAUUAAUAAACAAAAGCUUAAGAAUUUAUCAGAAUUGUCAAAUAGGAACACUGUGCAUUCAGAAUAGCAUUGAAUAACAUGAGCCCUUUAGAAAUUAAAGUGAUUCUCCUAGGACCCUGAUACACAUGCGUCGAGUUUCAGGCCACCUCCGAUGGUGGCUUUGAAGCUGCCGUCAUGCCUGCAAUGUGGGUGGCGAUACUUUAAGAUCAUUAUCAACCUGAUACAGAUAAGCCUCCUUCAUGUUCCCUAUUCAUGUGACAGGAGUCGCCGGACUUUUCAUGUCAACAUUUAACAUUUUUCGUUACCUAUAUCUAUUGUUCGCCAUUUCUGGUUCAGUAGUCAAGCCGGCUUGAGUCCACUUUGGGCAAUACACCUACCAAUUUGCAGGACUGACACCCGCUUCAAACCACAUCAAAAAGUGGACUCGGCCAAAGCCAGCGGCUUUCAAAAAUAAGUCGUAGCUGCCUCUGACGCCGGCUUCAAUCCACUGUCGGCAUAUGUGUAUUCACCAUCCUCAGAUAGUUAUCAUGGAGGGCUUCGUAAACACCUUAGACCUUACUAGCUCCAUGGUAAUACAAUGGUUUUGUAGCUGAAUUCCAUGGUAACACAGAAGGUCUGAUAUUGUUGGUAUCUUAUUUUGAUGCUUUAUUGCCUAGGCAGUAGCUAGGAGUCAUGAUGGGAUGGGUGCAAAGUGAAAUUAGUUUUUGUUAUUGAAGAAAACUCAUGUGAGCUCUAAUUUGAAAGUGGAUUAACCAAUUUAGCUUACUUUCACAAGCAUAUCUGUUUGCAUUUAAAAAUGAGACUGUCUUCCUUAAAAGAGUGAUCACAGUCAUUCUUGAAGAUUGUUGAUGUCUGACAUGAACAAUUCAUUGUGUUCAAUUGUGAUCAUAUGUCACAUGAUCUGUUAGUGAUGAUGUUAUCACCAGCCAAAGCUAGUUUACUGUCCCAAAUAUAGCCCAUGUCACUAGACAUCCUAAUUUACACUUGGGUUAGUCAUAUAGACAAGCCAGUUUCCCUGCACUGAUUCUUUUGUUUUUAGUUAUAUUGUCAACAACCUUUUGUACAACAAUGGAAUGAAACGCAGGACAAGUCUGAAUUUAUGCCCACAGGGCUUUAAGUAUUUUAACAAAUUGAGAGUUUAAAAAUGCACUCUCUGCUCAAACCAUUAGUGCAACCCGACAAGGAGGUGAACGUUAUGUCAAAAAGAAAGACAGAAAACUCUUUAAGUUGAAAGAGAAAAGACAGAAAAGGGUGGGAAGGGGGAGAGAAGGUGAGACAAAAUAAAGUGAAGAAGCCUGCAAAAAAAAAAAAGAGAGAAAGGGGAAAAACAACUUCUACAAUGGGAAUAAAAGAAAAAGCAAAAAGGGAGGAUAAAAAAUAGCAAAAGACCAAAAAAGGUUAGAAAAAAAAAGAUGACAAUGAAUGAGAAAUAGAAGAGAUGGAGAGAGAAAGAAGGGGAAAACUAAAGAAAUAUGUGUACACACUAAUUGUAUAUAAUUCUAGAUGAAUUCUAGAUGUUUUGGAAAUUUGGCUUGCUCUUAGUCCAUUAGACUGAAAAGGCCCAGUAAAGUGCAAUAAUUUCAUUGUAAAAUUCAUGGAGACAUAUCAGUUCACAAAAAACCUUCAUACUCUCAGAUAUAUGAUGUUAUCUGAAUGUUUCUCCAUUAAUGAUGUUAAAAGCGAUGUAAACUUUUGUUUUUACUUUCAAACUAUAAAUUAAUUUAUAGAUUUUAUACAGCUUGAGAAAGAUUAUCACUGCAG